AUGGCGGCCAUGCGAGCUCGACGCUUCUUUGGUGCUGCUGGUGCUUCCUGGAGAACUUUGAAGGCUUCUGGGAGGCUUUCCAAGGACAGCAAGUGUUUGAGGGUGUUGCUUCCAUGCUCCGUGGGCAGCGCUGCCCUGCUGAUGCUGCACCAGAAUAAUUUCAUGUGUGAAGAAAGACCAAGGGUGGCAUUGAUUACCGGCAGUUCUUCUGGCAUUGGCAAGGCGAUUGCAGAGCGGCUGGCAGCCGAGGGGUUCUUGGUGGUGGUAAACAGCCAUUCUUCGGUUGAGGACGGGAAGGCAGUUGCGGCCGAAUUGCCGGGCGCCAUGUACAUUCAGGCUGAUUGCAGUACUCGUCAAGGCUGUGAAGCACUAGUCAAGGAGGUCAUUGAUCGCUGUGGGCAACUUGACCUUUUGGUAUGUAAUGCCGGUGUUGGAAAAUGGAUUCCCCAUGAUAACCUUGAACUCAUUGACGACGCGUACUUGCACAAGAUUUUUGCGUUGAAUUGCUUUGGGCCACUUUGGCUAAGUCGUGCAGCAAUGCCUCAUUUGAAGAGCGUGGAGAACUCAUCGAUCAUUAUGAUUGGCUCUGCGGCUGGUGGACGGCCUAUGGGAAGCAGCAUCCCAUAUAGCAUGACCAGAGCUGCUAUGAAUCACUUGACAAAACUGCUCGCAAAAAGCCACGGGCCAGUGCGGGUGAACUGUGUGGCCCCAGGCCUGAUAGAGACACGGAUCACACAUGGCGGUGAGUGGGGUGCUUCAUAUGCAGCAGUGAAAACACAUACGCCUCUCAAGCGAGUUGGGCAACCAGCAGAUAUGGCGGAAGCUGUGAUGUGUUGCGUGAGGUCCAGGUACAUGACUGGUCAGACGAUUUAUGUUGAUGGCGGUGCUUCGUUGGUUUUUUGA